AUGUCCGCCACAAUUGAAAACAAGACCGAACUUAAAGUGGUGCUCGGCGCCAUGCUUCUGGGCAAAGAAGGCGCUGGCCCAGCUCGCGUGCACGACCUAGGCGACUGUUCUACUAUGCUGGAUGUGUUCCAGAAGCACGGACAUGCAGAGGUCGACACUGCGCGCGUGUACGGCUUCGGCUCCUCUGAGUUGUACCUGGGCCAGUUGAAAUGGCAGGACAGAGGCAUCAUCAUGGGCACGAAGCUUAAUGCUCGCGGGACGUACUCGCACAAGAAAGAUAGCGUCAAGCCUGGGCUUCUGGAGAGCUUGAAGGCAUUACAGACGGACAAGGUUGACCUGUGGUAUCUUCAUGCUCCUGAUCACAGCACACCGUAUUACGAAACUCUGAAGGCAGUCAAUGAGUUAUACAAAGAAGGGUACUUCAAACGAUUCGGAAUUAGCAACUACACAGCCUGGGAGGUGGCACAAAUCUACGAGUUGUGCGAGCGACACGGUUGGAAGAAGCCAGACGUGUAUCAGGGCGUGUACCACGCAUUGCACCGUGCCGUUGAACCAGAGCUCUUCCCAUGCUUGCGACACUACGGAAUCGCGUUCUACGAGUUCAGCCCCCUAGCUGGUGGCAUGCUCACAGAUCGGUACCAGCGCCACACUACCGAGCAUGAGGCUGGAAGUCGUUUUGAUCCUAAUAGUAUGAAGGGUGCAAAUUACUUCCGCCGCCAGUACUGGAAUGAUGCAUAUUUCGACGCGCUCGAUGUGAUCAGACCAGUAGCCAAGAAGCUGGGAAUGACGACCGCCGAGGCGGCUUCUAGGUGGGCAAGCCAUCACAGUUUCAUGAAGAAGGAACACGGCGAUGCCGUUAUUACAGGCGCAAGUAGUGCGGCACAGCUGGAAGAAAACCUAGCAAAUCUAGAAAAAGGUCCGUUGCCAGAGGAGAUGGUGAAGGCGUUUGACGAUGCUUGGGAAAUUGUGAAGGGAGUUUGUGGACCAUACUUUCACUUGCUAGCAUAUAUGUCCUACAGCCCUCGGGUUGACAAAAAAUCACCAGCAUUCACACCAGAUACCGUCCCGUUUAUUGGAUCAUGGAGGUUCUUUACCCAGAAACUGCCUUUUUGGAGGAACUCCAUGGCAAUUUCGAAAACUGGAAAUUUUAGUUUCUGGCUGGGUAAAAACCACGUCGUCGGGGUGUCCGGCGAGGCCUCUCGCAAGAUGUACCUGGACAGCCGUAGCCUGCACCUCAUCAAGGGAAUCACACUCAUAGGACAUGGCCCGGACUUUAUUGAUGGACGAUCAACGGUAAUUCACGAUAUUUGGAAAGCGGCGUAUACAAACGACCGCACGUAUGCUACGAGACGUCUACUCGACCUACAAAAGUCGGAACAGCUCGUGAAGCGUCUUCCCCGCGUAACCAGAGACGCCCGCACUACCUUUGAGUCAAUGGCCUCGAGGUCCACUGGAAUCAUGAACCCGGCAAAGGCUUGCUACCGUCUUGUUGUGCUGCAGGGCUCCCGUCUAAUAUGUAGCGAUGAGAUCGCGGAUGAUACUCAGCAGCUGAAUCGCCUUGUGGGCUAUGUAUCGACCCUGCAAUCUACUAGCAGUCUCCACCUUCUUGCCUUCCCAUGGCUUUCAUACUUUAGUGUAUCUUACUGGAAGCGUCGUUGGGGGCGUAAUGGCAUUACUCAGCUGGUCAAGCCUAUUGUCAACAGGCGUAUGAAGAAGGGCGCCCCUCGCGUGGAUGAUUCUUUGCAGCUUCUUAUCGAUAGUGGUGAUAGCAAGGACUAUAUUACCAACUUCUUGAUCAGCAUGUUAUUCAUCGUGGCGGCCAACGCCGGUGUUCUCUCCGGUGCUAUGCUAAAUAUCGUGGCUCAUCAUCCAAAAUGGCAGGAAAAGAUAUACGACGAGAUCAAGGCUGUCGCUGCGGCGCAUUCGAAAAACAAAAAUGCCCCCUUGGUCGAUCAACUCGAUUCAAUUCCGCUCGGUGCCUGGGAGACAUCGUUUCCGUCAAUUGAUCUCUGCUACAAAGAGGCCAUUCGUAUGUGGGUUGCUUUCCCCAUGGGUCGAUUCAACGAUACGAAAACCGCAAUUCCUAUCCCCGGAACAAAUGAAGUUAUCCCGCCCGGGAGCUUCGCGUGUUACAAUACUCUCGAUGUGCAUUACAACGAGGAGCUAUAUCCGGACCCUAUGACGUGGGAACCUGAGCGCUUCCUCGAGGGACGCGAGGAGUAUAAGAAAGAGGCAUAUGGAUACAUGGGUUGGGGCGCAGGCCGUCACCCUUGUACCGGCAUGCGUUGGGCGAAGCUGCAGCAGAACAUCAUCCUGGCCUAUGCACUGGCGUUGUACAAAUGGAGUGGCUGUGACGAGCAUGGUGACUCAAACCCACACUUUGUCCAACCAACAACGGCCCUGAACGAGCUUGCGCCUAGUCUGCCUCAGGGUCUUUGGUGCAAGUAUGUUCCUAGGGAGAAGGUUUAA